AUAUAUAAUUUACUUCAAAAAUGCAGAAGAGGUCAUCUACCAAUAACUAUAAACAUCUAAAAGACAAUGACCGACUCGAUGACGAGGAACCAAACCUUAAAUCCCAUAAUUAUUUUAGCUCUGGAGCCAAUGCUAAAUCAACAAAAUUCUACUCCUUUGAAGAAGAGACCGACCUGAAAGAGCCAUUGGUGGAGAAGCCUGACAUAAAGGACCCAGGGGAGAGUCUGAAGUGGUAUUUUGGCUUUGGAGUGCUGACGAAUUACAUCAUCUCAGAUAUGAUGAAGAAGCCCAAAGCCUAUGUGAUCGGGAUUCUUACAAUAACUAUCACUGUUGCUUUCUUCGUGAUUAUUUAUAAUAUUCUUGAUGUUUCUCCAGUGAUCUUCUUGAAGUUAUCCCAAGACCAAGUUGGGGAAAGCGAUGUGAUCUUUCAUGCAGCUCCACCGACUAAGAUAGCACAGAAUGGAGACCGAUUCAUGUACGGUAAUGACCUUGGAAGGAGUCCAGUAGAAACCUUCUAUUGGCCCUUAAUAAACGCCACAGAUCUUCAGCUACAAACUGAAGAUUCUGGGUUUUACCAAGGGAUGACUCCUAGAUGGUUUGGUCUAUUUGAUUUUAGCAACCCGAAGAAUACAAGUAGAAUUACACCAGGAAUAGGUGCGAUGAUAGAUACAAAGAAUGAGGUUGAAAUCGACCUGGGCAGGGACUUCUCCAAAACCAUCCUUGGGAGCAAACAAGCUUUUGUUACUUCUUCCACUUUGAGAUAUUUAGGAAUUAAAGCUGGUGUUGGAGAGAACAUUCAGAUGAGCAUUGAUAUCUCAAAAUUUCUCAAUACUGACGACCUAGGGACUGUUAGAGCGAGUCCACUCUUUCAAACUUUGACUCAGUCAGAUCCAGGCAAUUCUGAAAAACUCUCCAAUGUUUUCCAGGAGAUUUUCACCCAACAAGAUAUUUUAGGCAGAAAGUUUUUCACAGAAGGGUUCAGGCUCUACAUAAAUUUUGAGGUUGUCGAAGCCUUCGACAGACCAAACGGAAAGAUGCCAAACUCAUAUGGAAAUUUGGUAAUUUUUGACUGCCAACACAUCCUUCCUAAUCUGAUCGAAUCGUUGAUGAAUCAAGUUAAGGAAUAUAGUGAAGAUCUCUCUUUUCAAAAUAGAGUUGAGGGUCUCCUAAUUGACCUUAAGGACCUCCAGAUCCAGAAUUUUGCAAUGCAAGUAGACGCUGUGAUCAGAGAUAGAGAGAGGUAUUACUCAGGAUUAUCUGAUUCCUUCAAUUUGGAAUUCUUACAAAAAGCGGAUCGUCUUGAUGCCAAUGUAACAUUGAUGACUCCUGUACAGGAGAGUCUUGAGAAGUUCAGCUAUGUCCAACUAUUUCUAGAGAGUACUCUUUAUACAAUAGUCGCCUUCAUCCUCAUCCUAAGUGCGAUGCUAAUAUACUCCCUAAUGAUAUCUGAUAUCGAUGAGAAAACUUUUGAAAUGGCAAUGUUGAGAGCACUAGGGUUAGAAAAUAAAUCUCUAGUACAUCUCAUAUUACUUCAAGCCCUAGUUUUCUCUCUCCCAGGGCUACUUAUUGGGCUAGCAAUCGGUGGUCUAGCCAACCUAGGCUUGAGGGCAUUUGUUGGGAGCUAUACAGUCUCCAAAUUGAGUUUGUUAUUGUCGUCAAAUUCUAUACUGAUCGCAGUGAUUAUGGGAAUUUCGAUGCCUAUUUUCACCAACCUCUUUACAAUCCAGAGAGCUCUAGGCAAGAAGAUUACAGACUCACUUGACUUAUUCCACACAGGAGCUAGUGAUGCAAUUGUCAAAAUCAGAAAACUAGGAGAUUAUGGAAUCUCUCUCUUCACAGUCUCUCUGGGUGGAAUCCUUGUACUCAUGGGAGUAAUGACGUAUUACCUCGCGCCGGCUGCCUUCCUAUUCAAAAGAAUGGAGAUCUUUUUCUCAAUCCUGAACUUGGUCUUGAUCAUAAUGAUCAUAGGGAUGGGGUUGCUCUUCGUUCUUGUAUUUCCAAUCAUACAGAAAGUUUUCAUUCACAUUCUUUGUUUCUGAAUCAAGAAGGACAGAAAGUUGAAACCAUUGAUCAUGAAGAACAUGCUCGUAAGCCAUAAGAAAAGUAACUCUAAGAGUGCGAUAUUGUUCACGAUAUGCUUGGCAUAUCUGAUCUUUGGCGGCAGCUCCCUGCUGCUCAUCAACAACCUUGUGCUCGGAGUUAUCAAGAAUCUCAUGGGAGCUGACUUGUUUGUAGGUUCAUUUGCUGGUACAAAGACAAUUCCUGAGGAGCAACUUAGAAAAUAUCUCUAUGAGAGCUCACUUGGAGAAAGCCCAAAGAUCCUGACUUAUACUUUUGGAAGUUUCAGUAUGACUCAAACUAUGAGAAAGUAUGGCAAUAUCAAUACCAAAUUUAAACUGUACCAGAAGGGAGGUCACUUCCCAAGAAAUAAAGUUUAUAUAAUUCCUGUAGAAGAACAUUACUUAGAGUCUGUAUUUGAUGAUUACUAUAUUCCUCACACAGAGCAGACUGGAUUGGAUUACCCCAAGAUUGACGGCAAAAAUGAUGUGGUUUGGUCCCUCUACUCAGACCAAGGUACCACAGAUUUUGAAGGAGGGUACGACAAGUAUAAUAUUUCAUCUCGAACUCUCACCGAUGCUGCUCAGCCUGUUCAUCAUGAGCCUAUGAAGCAGAUUAAAAUGCUGCUUCCUGAAGGAAUUGAUUAUUACAUGUCUGCGAAGUCAGGGCAAACAAUGAAGCUCCAUGCGUAUUCUCCUCAUUCAGUGAAAGAAUAUCAAGGACUUGUCAGAGCGAUGCCUAGGAAAAUACCAGGAUUUGCAUUCACAUCAUAUAGCUUAAUUACCUUUGGAUUGGAAGCACUUAUCUCCUACGACCAAGCCUUUGAUAUUUUCCUAGAUAUGCUCAUAGGGACAGACCAUGAGUUGGAACGGAACAUCACUGAUUAUAAAUCCUGACGGGUUGAGAAAUGAACUGAACAAGCCAAAAAGGAGGGAAAAAGGUGUAGUGAUCUCUGUCCAACCUACUUUUACGCUAAGAACUUCCUUCGAAUCAAACUCCCAGAGUCUCUUUCCACCGAAGACAGAGAAGAAAUAUGAAAUCAAUUGAAAGGAAUUAUCAAUGAUAAAUCAGUUAUGGUGUUCGACUAUAGAGGUGUGAAGGAUAACAUGCACACAAUGACUACUGUCUUCCAGGUCUUCAUCAUUUUCCUAGCCAUAAUUGCCUUCGUAAUUGUCUUCUUCAUGCUGAUCGUAUCUGCAAAGACAAACCUAAAGGACAAGAUGUGGGAGUUCGGAGUCUUAAGGGCGAUAGGUCUCAGGAAAGCCCAACUGGUUAGGAUCUAUCUCUAUGAGUCAAUAGCAGUAUUCACCUCUUCAGCAAUAGCAGGAUUGGUCAUUGGAUUCAUUCUAGCUCUGACUCUCUCAUUGCAAUUCAAUCUUUUCCUUGAGCUGCCUUUACAAGUUUCUUUCCCGACCUGGCUGGUGGUCUCAAUGAUCUUACUAGGACUCGUGAUGCAAAGCUGGGUUGGAGUAUCCCGAGCCUGGGUAAAGUAAACACUCAAAAACUCUUAUAGAGAAAGAGUCUAAGCACACUGGAAGCUACUGUAAAAUCUUACUUAUCUUUUUACAGCAAUUCUGACCUUUUAUUGCUAAAUUUUGAAAAUCUUUGUU